AUGAACCUCUUUAUUGUCAAUAUCUAUUCCUCUUGUUUUAUUCGUACGAAGAGAUUAUUAUGGAGUAACCUUGUGUCGUGUAUGCUGAAAUUUAUGUAUGGUGAAUGGUGUUUGGGAGGUGAUUUCAACGCAGUUAAAUUGGUCAAAGAAAGAAAAGGUAGGAUUGUGUCUGUUAAUAGGUUGGAGAUGGACGACUUUUUUUGUUUCAUCGAGAGUAUGGAAGUCGUUGAUCCCACUCCUAUCGAUAGGAAUUUCUCUUGGUUUAGCUCCGAUGGAGUUUCAAUAAGUCAUUUGGAUAAAUUCUUGCUUUCCCAGGGUUUGAUGGAGAAAUGGAAUGUCGAUGGUCAAAUUGUCGGCAGUAGGGAUUUGUCGGAUCAUUGUCCGAUUUAG